AUGGCCGAUGAUCCACUGAGCGAUGUGUUAUAUCAGCGAAUGUUCCGUGUGUUCUCCUAUUUUGCUGAUGCAACAACGUCGGGCGCGCUACAUCCCACGCAAGCAUCGUUUAUACUCGACGAAUUGCUACGCGAAGCUGGUCGGCCGUCCACAUCCAGAGGAAACACGUUCAGUCAUGAUUCCGUCACUUUUCGAGAGCUGUUGAAUUUGAUUGAAGUGCAAUUCGCAGAUCGAAAAGAACUCGAACCGGCAGUGGAACGAGUUUUCGAGCGUAUCGUAGGACAAGUAAUUAGAAAGGGUUUCGUCCUGUUUCGAUGUCGUGGUGGUGGUCGAAGUUGCAUGCCACGUAUGCAACGGAACAAAUGGCGAUCCGGAUGGUGUAGUAUUAGUCCGGGUGCGAUUUACCUAUGGCCGCUCGACAAACAGAUCAACAACGACAAUCGCGUCACGGCCCCGCUUGACGCUGAAACCAGAGUUUCAGAUAGUGCGGUAGAAGGUGAUCGAUUCGUAUGGGAUGUACAGUUUGGGAAACGGGUGGUGGAAUUCGCACAUUUCGACCCGCUUAUCAGCAGAGCAUUUGUGACCGAUAUACGCCUUGCAAUUGAACGACCAACUCGAUUGGCUCUACAAGAUUUUGAUCAGAAGCGAUCGCUACGAUACGACGUCGAAUAUGGGCAGCGACACUUCUGUUUCCCUGGACGACCGCAACGCGCAUUUGAUUGGAGCAGAACAGAGGGUCGACGUUGUGAUCGAGAAAUUUCCGAAAGGCAACAGCUCGAGACUGAGAAACGUCGAUUGGAAUUUGAAUUGGAACAAGAGCGAUUGGCCCUUAAAGACGAGGAAAUAGUACGAGGGUUGGCCACAAGAAUGUUAGAGGAAGAGAAACAAAAAAGCGAACAUAUGGAACGAGUGCUGGCCGAAUUACAACAUAAACUCGGUCAACGACUGGAUACGGUACUAGAAGAUGAAACACCAGCACGAAACGAAACAACAACUGGAACAGAAGUAGAACAAGAUGAUGAUGAGGACGACGAAGAAUCAUCGAUUGAGAAAAAAAAAAGUGCCAAUCACAAAAUCGAACCGGUUAAAAGAAAAUCAUCCGGUGAAUUCGUAGAAGAAAAACUUGAAAAAUCUUCAACACAGAAAAAACAAACGAGACUAUUUCUUGUGAUUCACAUUUUGAUUAUUAUUGCUGAUGAAGAUUUGAGUAAUUAG